AUGGAUGCCGGACUUGUGCGAGAGCAGCCGGAACCGAUCGCCAUUGUUGGCAUUGGAUGUCGGUUCCCCGGCGGAGCAAGUACUCCAUCUAAGCUGUGGGAUGUCUUGAAGGAGGCCCCAAACACCGCAAAGGUAAUACCCCAAGAACGCUUCAACCUUGACAGGUUCUACCACCCGGUGGGCACCCAUCACGGUACAAGCAACGUCAAGGAGACCUAUUUCCUGGACGAAGACGUCAGGGUAUUCGAUGCAGGCUUCUUCAAUAUCCCCCCUCCUGAGGCUGGCGCCAUGGACCCUCAACAUCGUCUUCUCAUGGAGACGGUCUACGAAGCCAUGGAGGCCUCUGGCACGACCAUUGAGCAACUUCAAGGGUCGAACACGUCCGUGUUUGUGGGAGUCAUGUGCAGCGACUACUAUAUCCUUUCUGCACAAGACUUGGAUAGCGUCUCGACGUACAACUCCACAGGCAUCGCAAACAGCAACGCCUCUGCUCGUCUCUCCUACUUCUUUGACUGGCACGGGCCGUGCAUGACAAUCGACACGGCAUGCUCUUCUAGCUUGGUGGCUGUCCACCAGGCCGUUCAAGCUCUCCGGGCUGGCACCUCCCGCGUAGCUGUGGCCGCAGGCACCAAUCUCCUGUUGUGUCCCCUCGGGUACAUAUCUGAGAGUCUGCUGGGCAUGCUUUCGCCGAAUGGGCGAUGCCAAAUGUGGGAUGAGAAGGCGGACGGCUACGCCCGAGGAGAGGGUGUUGCCUGUGUGCUGCUGAAGAAAUUGAGCGAUGCCAUUGCGGAUGGUGACCAUGUUGACUGUGUUAUUCGUGAAACGGGGGUCAAUCAGGACGGCAAGACUAAAGGCAUUACUAUGCCGAGCGCCGUCUCGCAAGCCUCCCUGAUCCAGAGAACCUACCGCCAAGCUGGACUGGACCCGAGGAACAAGAGGCAUCGUUGUCAGUACUUUGAAGCGCAUGGAACCGGUACUCCUGCAGGUGAUCCGCAAGAAGCCGAAGCUUUGGAUACGGCCUUCUUCCAGGAUUUAGAAAGAGAUGCCAAUGACAUUCUUUACGUGGGAUCCGUAAAGACCGUGGUUGGCCACACUGAAGGCACCGCUGGUCUGGCGGGCAUCAUAAAAGCAUGUCUCUCCAUCAAGCAUGGGAUUAUUUCUCCCAAUCUGCACCUAGACAACCUGAGCCCAUCGGUGAAGCCUUUUUGCAAGAAUCUCGAGGUGGUGACAUCCAUUAUGCCGUGGCCAGACUUGCCUGCUGGUCAAGUUCGGCGAGCCAGCGUCAAUAGCUUUGGAUUUGGAGGAACCAAUGCCCACGCCAUCUUGGAAAGUCCCUGGUCUUCAGACGACUUACAAGCUCAGGUUGAGAACCGCACGCUUGGAUCAGCAGACAAGGAAGCACUCCAUCUUCCAUUUCUCUUCUCCGCCACAUCAGAAAAGUCCCUUGUAGCCUUGGUGGAUGCCUACUCAAAGUAUCUUGACAGCAACCCCGAUGUUGACCUUUAUAGACUCGCUUACACGUUGGGGUGCCGGAGAUCAGCCUUCGCCUUCAAGACGUGCUUCUCAGCCGCAUCACAAGAGGAACUGUGUAGCAAGUUAAGCGAAAGCACCAGCGAUCAAGGGAACCUGUCCUUUGUGCGUUCCACGACAACAAAUCCGUCUCUCCUCGGCGUCUUCACUGGCCAAGGUGCGCAGUGGCCGAGGAUGGGUGCUUCACUCCUUCAGUCAUCAAAUCGCGCCAUGGAUAUCAUCAACGAGCUGGAUGCCUCAUUGGCAGCGCUGCCGGCCUCUGACCGUCCGUCGUGGACGCUCCGUGACGAGCUUCUGGCUGAUGCGUCGACUUCCCGUGUGGGUGAGGCCACCAUUGCACAACCUCUAGUAUGUGCUGUUCAGAUCCUGCUGGUUACGUUAUUGCGGGAUGCUGGGGUUCAGUUCAAGUCCGUUGUUGGGCAUAGCUCUGGAGAGAUUGCAGCUGCCUUUGCCGCAGGCUUCAUCAACCAUCAUGAUGCCAUCCGCAUUGCGUAUUAUAGAGGUUUACAUUCGAAGCUGGCCCGGAGUGCGAGUGGUGAGAUAGGCGGAAUGCUAGCGACAGGCCUGUCAUACGAUGAGGGCAUAGAGCUGUGUGAUCACGAAGACUUCACCGGCCGCAUCACCGUGGCUGCGUCCAACUCCCCGACCAGUGUUACUAUUUCUGGUGACUUGGACGCUCUUGAACAGCUGCAGUUGGUGCUUGAGGAUGAGGAAACCUUUGUCCGGGCUCUACGCGUCGACAAGGCCUAUCAUUCUCACCACAUGAAGCCUGCAUCUGGACCGUUCCUGGAGAGCGUCAGGAACUGUGCUAUCAAUAUCAUGACUCCUCCAAACGACGCGCCAACCUGGUUCUCCAGUGUGUACGGGGGUCAAGUCAUGGAGGCAAGUGAUAUUAUAAAGGGAUCGUACUGGGUAGAAAACUUGUUGAAUCCUGUGCUGUUCUCCCAGGCUCUCGAGACGGCUCUGUUGUCGGGCGAUGCUUUCGACGCCGCUGUGGAAAUUGGCCCUCAUCCCGCCCUCAAAGGACCGGCAACAGAUGUGAUGAAGGCCGUGAUUGGCAAAACCAUCCCUUACAGCGGAACCCUAGCCCGCGGCAAGCACGACGUCGAAUCCUUCAGCGAUGCCUUGGGCCAUCUUUGGACCAACGCUGGUCCUUCUUCUAUCAAUCUCGACAGUUAUGGACAAGCCAUGUAUCAAGACUGGAAGACAAUCAAGAUAUUACGGGAUCUCCCAGCCUAUCCGUGGAACCGCGAUCGGAUCCUCUGGACCGAGUCGAGGGGAACCAAGCUUUGGCGCCAGCAAGAAGGAAAGUUCCACGACAUCCUCGGCAGUCGCUGCGCCGAUGGGACAGAGGAAGAAUGGCGCUGGAAAAAUCUUCUGCAUCCCAAGGAGCUUCCGUGGGUGUUGGACCACGCUCUGCAAGGCCAGACCGUCUUCCCCGGGACUGGAUACCUCUGCCUCGCCUUGGAGGCGGCCAUGCAAAUUGCCGGUAACAAUUCUGUGCAGCUGCUCGAGCUGACGGACCUGAGUAUCCGCAAAGCUAUUGCGAUUGAUGAGAGCGUUGGCACAGAGACGCUUGUAUCCAUGACCAAGAUAAUCCGUACAGACGAGGACAUCACCAUGGCGUUUGCCUGCUUCUCGACUGUUGGCAAGGAAGCUUCCGGUCUUGCCCUGAAUGCCAUGGGCAAUGUCCGAGUACAGCUCGGCCAGCCCAUGCCAGAUAUCCUCGCGCCACGGCCUCCUCCUGCCCACGGCAUGAGGCCGGUUUCAACGGAUCACUUCUACAGCGAGGUGGCCAAGCUUGGGUACAACUACGGCCCUACUUUCCGCGGCAUCUGCAAUUUGGAGCGAAAGCUGGGAGGUUCCAGGGGUGAUAUCGUCGGACCGCCUAAUGAUGAGACGGGCACGACGUUGCUUUUCCACCCCGGCAUGCUCGAUGCAGCCCUUCAGGGCAUGUUGGUUGGAUUCAGUUCUCCCGGGGACGGCCGCCUCUGGUCUCUCCAUGCACCAUCGAGCAUCAGGAGAGUGACCCUGGUGCCUAGUUUGUGCGGUGCAAACAUGACUCCGAAAGUGUCGUUUGACUGCGCCGUUACCGAUAUCGAGUGCAACGAGCUGACGGGGGAUGUUGAAGUGUUCCAAGACGAGACGGGUUACAAGUCCAUCUCUGUGGAAGGCGUUGCUUUUAUCCCCUUUACUGCAGCCACUGCCUCAGACGACCGCGGUCUCUUUGCGCACAAUGUCUACGGCAUCGAGUCUCCCAAUGGGCAAGCUGCCCUGGGGUCGUAUAGAGCCACCGAGAGCGAGAUUCAGAAGGGUGUCGACUGCGAACGCGUGGCUUUCUACUACCUGAGGAGACUUCACGAGGACUUCUCCCAAUCUGAGCGCACGGCACUCCAUCUGCCACGCCAUCAUCAGGCUCUCUUUGACUAUGCUGAAUACAUAUAUAAUAUAGUCCAACGCGGAGAGCAUGCCUAUGUGAAGAAGGAAUGGAUGGAGGACACAUAUGAGCAAAUAUGCAGCAUUAUGAAGAGGCAAGUCUACAUCUAUGGCGAGGGCUUUUAUGGUCCAAACGACCCGGACUUCCAGCUAACGGCCGCAUCUGGAGAGAACCUGCCGGCGGUAAUUCGGGGAGAAACGACGAUUCUCGAACACCUGACCAAGGACAACAAGCUGAACAACUACUACCAGCACGCUCUUGGCUUCCACGCCCUCAACGACCUCAUUGCCGCCACUGUCAAGCAAAUCUCCCACCGGUACCCGCGGAUGAACAUCUGCGAAGUUGGAGCCGGCACCGGCGGUGCGUCGAGGCGCAUUUUCGCCGAGCUGGGCACCGCCUACUCGUCCUACACGUACACCGACAUCUCUAGCGGCUUCUUCAGCAAGGCUCAGGAGGACUUUGCUGCCUACAAGGACCGGAUGAUCUACAAGACGCUGGACAUCACCGUCGACCCUGCCGAGCAAGGAUUUGAACACGGGGCCUACGACCUCGUCGUGGCCGCCAACGUGCUCCAUGCCACGCCCGACCUGGUUGCCACGCUGUCCAACGCGCGCAAGCUUCUCCGUCCAGGCGGCUUCCUGGUCAUGAUGGAAUUCACCGACAAGAGCGUUUUGCGCCUCGGCGUCAUCAUCGGCGGUCUUCCGGGGUGGUGGAUCGGAGCAGACACUGGCCGCAAACACUCGCCCUGCGUUUCGCUCCCCGAAUGGAACGACAUCCUGCUCGGUUCCGGCUUCGCGGGUAUCGAGACGUCGACACCCGUCUUGGAUCCGGUCGUCAUGCCAGCCUCCAUCAUCGUCGGCCAGGCCGUCGACAGUGACCUCUCGCUGCUGAGGGAGCCUACGGCCGGCUCGCCGGGGCUCGGCAUGGCAAAAAACGCAGAGCUUCUCAUCGUGGGCGGUGCCGGGGCGGCUUCGGCCAAGGUCGUCGAGGACGUUGCGGCUGCUGUGCGGCCGCAUUACCAAAAUAUUGUCCAUGUUCGGAGCUGGGACGAUCCGAGCGCGGAUCACGGUUUGAAGAAUCCUACCGUGCUGAGCUUGCAGGAUCUCGAUGGUACUUUCUGGAGGGACAUGACGGUCUGGCGAUUUGAAAGGCUCAAGGCUGUCUUUUUGACGGCGGCAAACGUGCUCUGGGUGACUUGGGGCACGGAUUGCGACAAUGGCGACGGCGCCAUGACGGUCGGCUUCUUCCGGUCUCUGGCGUACGAGCUGCCGCAGGCCAUUCUGCAGGUGAUGGACUUGGAAGACGUAUCCAAGGCUGAUGGAUCCGUCAUUGCCCAAAGACUUCUGCGGCUGGACAUGUCGUCGUAUAUGAACAAGACUGGCUCCCUUGGCCGCACCAUGUUCAGCAAUGAGCCGGAACUCAGGUUUCGAGACGGAAACGUCUUGAUCCCGCGGUGUCUUCCUCAUGUAGACCAGAAUCACCGCUAUGACUCCCUCAAGCGCGUCAUUGACAAGGAGAUUUGCCUCGACGAAUCCAUCGCCACGCUCAACUGGUCACGGUCCGGGUACACCCUGCGGGAGGACGAGUGCGCAGUUUUGCCUUGUGUAGCAGACCAGCGGCGGGUUCGUGUCGAUUCGUCUCUGGCAUCGUCAAUCGUCACCCCUGCCGGUCGCUUAUUCUUCAGCCUGGGCACUGACAUGAACACGGGCCGGCGAGUCGUGUCGGCCUCGAGCAAGAACUCUUCGGCCAUUCUGGUCCCUCACAAGUGGUCAGUCCAUGUCGACGUCGGCAGAAGUAUCGAUUCUCAGUACCUCUCUUUCCUCUCGGGCUAUCUGUUGAGUCGGCACCUCUCGUCCAGGAUGCCUGCCGGGGGGACUGUCGUCGUCCACGAGCCAGAUCCGGGCUUGGCCUCGAUGAUGUCGCGGCAGCUAGCCACCAUGGGAUGCAGGGUCUUGUUCACAACCGCUGCGACUGACGUGGUGAGGAGGAACUGGCUGGCCAUGCAUCCUCGCAUUCCCGAUCGUCAGCUCAUACGGGCGUUGCCAACGACGUGUGACUUGUAUCUCGACCUCUCUGCCACCACGCCCUGCCCGGAGGGGUCAUCAUUCCUCAGUCAGAGAAUUUCUAAAAUUCUGCCUCCUUUGUGCGAGAGACAUGAUGCGGGCAUUGUCAUUGCGCGUCAAUCAACCGUGUUCGCAGGUGCUCACGACGACGCCAUCCACGAGCUGCUCAACCGAGUCAACUCGUUUGCUGCGGCACAGCUCAACGGAGUGCCCGACGGCAUGCCUUUGCCCAUGAUUCCCCUGAGUCGAAUCCUGAGCAGCGGCGACUCCGCGACAAGCAAUGCGCUCAGGGGCAUUAUCCAGUGGCACGGCGAGGACAGCGUCCCAGCCCGCGUGGAGCCAGUCGUGAACAGAAACGACUUGUUCGCAGCCGACAAGACGUACUGGCUCGUCGGCCUCGCAGGUGACUUGGGUAGAUCCAUUUGCGACUUCAUGGUUGCUCAGGGCGCUCGCUACAUCGUGCUGUCCAGCCGAAACCCCGAGAUCAACCACGAGUGGGUGAAGGAUCAUGCCGCGCGCGGCGCGACUGUUGUCUACAUUGCUGCAGACAUCACGAGCGAGAGCAGCCUCAGGGCAUCCUAUGAUCAGAUCCGGGCGAAUCUGCCUCCAGUGAGCGGCGUGGCCAACGGCACCCUCGUCUUGAAGGACCGAGGGUUGGUCAACAUGGAUCUCGAGACAUUCCACGCCAACACCAGGUGCAAGGUAGAGGGCACUGAGCACCUCGACGCCCUGUUCCCGGACAACACGCUGGAUUGGUUUAUCGCCUUUUCAUCCAUCUCUGCAACCGUGGGCAACAUGGGCCAAAUGGCCUACACGGCUGCCAACAUGUUCAUGAAGGCCAUCAUUUCCCAGCGCCGCAAGCGCGGUGUAGCCGGCUCCGUCAUUGACAUAUCCCAAGUCUUUGGCGUCGGGUACGUCGAGCGCGAGCUCAAACGGCAGGCCAAGAGCGACCGCGAGCAGGCCAUGAGGCUGAUGGGCAAAUCCGGGACGCUCGUCAUGUCGGAGCCCGACCUGCAUCAGCUCUUUGCCGAGGCCGUCAUCUCGGGCCGUGCCGGGUCGGGCCACGACCCCGAAAUCAUCUCGGGUCUCCGGAUCAUGACGCCCGCCGAGUCCAAGGAUGCCCUAUGGGGCGGCAACGUUCGCUUCGGCCACAUGAUCCAGGAAACGGGCACGGCCAAGCCGCCCAGCGCCACCAAGACGGCUGCGAUCCCGAUCAGGGCGCAGCUGGAGGCGGCCAAGGACGCCGAGCAAAUAUCCGCCAUGCUCGGCGCCGCCUUCAAGGCCAAAUUGAAGGCUGCUCUGCAGGUGGGCGAGGAAACGCUCAGCGUGACGACCCCCCUCGUCGACAUGGGGGUCGACUCCCUGGUGGCUGUCGAGAUUCGGACGUGGUUGGCGAACGAGGUCGGUGCGGAUGUUGCGGUCCUCAAGAUCCUGGGCGGGCCGUCGAUCCAAGACUUGGUCGAGGAUAUAGCCGAUGCUAUCAAAGGCCAAGAGAGCUCGAGUGACAGUGCCGAGUCGGAGACCAGCUCCAACUCGGAGGACAAGACGAGUACCCCUGCGACGGAGGGGAGCAGUGACGGAUCCGGUCAGGAAAAGGAGGAAUAG